CUUCCACACAGCUAAAAGCCUCUAGACUAAGAGGUAUUCCCCACUCGGCAGCAAGACUCCUUGAAAUACCCUUUGAGUGAGUUAGGCCAACGCCUUCAUGUCUCUGCUCUGCUAUAACAAAGGCUGUGGGCUACAUUUUGACCCCAAUACCAACCUUCCUGAUUCCUGUUGCUAUCACCCUGGGGUCCCAAUCUUCCAUGAUGCACUCAAGGGUUGGUCCUGCUGCCGAAAACGAACUGUAGAUUUCUCUGAGUUCUUAAACAUCAAGGGCUGUACUAUGGGAUCACACUGUGCUGAGAAGCUUCCUGAGGUCCCUCAACCUGAGGGCCCAGCCACAAGUUCACUUCAGGAUCAAAAACCUCUGAAUACAAUUCCAAAGUCAGCAGAGACCUUGCUCCGAGAAAGGCCUAAAUCAGAGUUGCCUCCAAAACUGCUACCACUAAAUAUAUCUCAGGCCUUGGAAAUGGCUUUGGAACAAAAGGAACUAGACCAGGAACUUGGAGCAGGGCUUGACAGAAGUCUGAUUUGGACUGGUUCCAGCUGCCAGAACCCAGGAUGUGAUGCUGUUUACCAAGGUCCUGAGAGUGAUGCUGCUCCAUGUACCUACCAUCCAGGAGCACCUCGAUUCCAUGAGGGGAUGAAGUCUUGGAGCUGCUGUGGUAUCCAGACCCUGGAUUUUGGGGCAUUCCUGGCACAGCCAGGAUGCAGAGUUGGUAGACAUGACUGGGGCAAACAGCUGCCAGCAUCUUGUCGCCAUGAUUGGCAUCAGACAGAUUCCUUGGUAGUACUGACUGUGUAUGGCCAGAUUCCACUUCCUGCUUUCAACUGGGUGAAGGCCAGUCAAACUGAGAUUCAUGUUCACAUUGUCUUUGAUGGUAACCGUGUGUUUCAAGAACAGAUGAAGCUCUGGGGGGUCAUAAACGUGGAGCAGAGCUCUGUCUCCUUGAUGCCAUCACGGGUUGAAAUCUCCCUGGUCAAGGCUGACCCAGGAUCCUGGGCCCAGCUGGAACACCCUAAUGCACUAGCUGAGAAAGCUAGGGCAGGAGUUUUGUUAGAGAUGGAUGAGGAAGAAUGUGAGGAUUCAGAUGAUGAUCUGAGCUGGACAGAGGAAGAGGAGGAAGAGGAGGAAGAGGAGGAAGCUAUGGGAGAAUAGUAACCCCAGACAGUUGAAUUUCUAGGUCAGCCCUCAAUGACCUCCUUAUAAUCUCAGAGACCAGGAUAUGGUUGACCAUGUGUGUCACUGAGCAGCAGGAAGCUGAAGGAGGAAAGAACAAAACUGCCCAAACCAUGCUGCUUUUCUCCUAAAUAAACCUUAUAUUCUGCAGUUUCA